UAUUAUUAUAGUCGUCGUGUUAUAAAUAACACGUUUAUAAAAAGUGUUGAUGUGUUUAUUGUGAAAGUUAUAAAUAAUUAAAAUUAGUAUUAACGAUCUCAUCCAAAGAUGUACUGGAUACCAGCAUUUAUAAUAUUAGGGAUAUCGUUAUAUUGGCAUUACUGGAGACGGAAGCACAAACGAAUGCUGCAGUUGGCUGAACUGAUCCCUGGGCCACCAGCGUACCCUAUAAUUGGAAACGGAUUACUGUUCAUGCUCAAUACUGGAGAACAAAUGCUGGAUUUGGUAGCAGAGCUAUUAAAUACAUACGGAGAAUAUUGCAAAUUUUGGUUGGGCCCCGACCUGAAUAUUGUAGUCAGGAAUCCUGCUGAUAUACGAUUACUGCUUACUAGUAAUAAGGUGAACGAGAAAGGACCAUUAUAUGAAUUCAUGAAACCAUUAGUAGGACCGGGGAUUUUGACUGGUGGACCGACAUGGCGAAACCACAGAAAAAUUGCAACCCCGUCAUAUAACAAAAAAGCUGUGCACGAAUUCGCGACACUUUUCAACAAAGAGGCAGAUAUAUUAGCUGAUAUAUUAAGCAAGAAAGACCUAAACAAAACAUUCAACGUAUACUUUGACGUCGUUGAAUGUACCACUCAAUGUGUUUGUCAAACUCUAAUGGGAUUGUCUAAAAAAGACACGCAGAACCUAAAAAAUUUAAAGGAAGUAGUUUUAUUGACGCAAAGAAUGUACGACACAAUAUUUGUAAAUAUGACAAAAUGGUGGUAUCACAUACCUAUGGUUCGCUGGGUGACUGGUCGUCAAAGAACAGAGAACUAUUUCAAAAAGAUAACAGAUGAAUUAAGUGCAGACAUAGUUAGUAAAAGAAGAAAAGCGAUCGCUAAUAAUGGAGUUGUUGACGACGAUUCGCUGGGUAUCGUCGAUCGUUACAUUCUUUCCAAAGAGUUGAGCGAACAAGAAAUCAAAUGGGAGACAUUUAGUUUGUUUACGACGAGUCAAGAAGCUUCUGCUAAAAUCGCAUCAGCAGUGUUGUUGUUCUUAGCACAUUUACCGGAAUGGCAGGAAAAAGUUUACAAUGAAAUAAUCGAAGUUCUGGGUGUAGACGACAGCCAUGUCUCAAACGACGAUCUGAAAAGUUUGAAUAAUCUAGACAUGGUGUAUAAAGAGGUUUUGAGAUAUCUCUCUAUUGCAGCUUUCAUACAAAGGACGGUAGAGGAGGAAAUUAGUAUAAAUGAUGGUAAAAUCACAUUACCAGUUGGCACAUCAUUAGUGAUUCCGAUACAUGAGGUGCACCGCGACCCGCGACAUUGGGACGAGCCACUCAAAGUGAAGCCUGAACGGUUCCUACCUGAGAACGUGAAGACACGGGAUCCCAAUGCCUUCAUACCGUUUAGUUUAGGUGCUAUGGAUUGUUUAGGUCGAGUAUAUGCAACAGCGCUGAUCAAGACUUUAGUGGUGAAAGUACUGAGGCGGGUGAACUUAGAGGCACAAGGGGCUAUAGAAGACUUGAAGCUGCAUGUAGCUAUAUCAGUCAAGUUUGCAGAUGGCUACAAUCUUAGAGUAAAGCCGAGAAAGAACGGGAGUAUGUAAUAAAAAACAACACAGAGGCAUCUAUUAGAGGCAUCGGCCGGUAAUCAGUGGGCGGAAUAAUUCUGAUGAUGGUCGUCGUUUGGUAGAAAAGAUUAUACAAUCUUAGAUAAUAAUAUUUAAUAUUAUCGCAUCGUUG